AUGGCGGCCAACACCAACAGAGUAUCGAUCUAUACAACGGGCUCAGGAGACUCCGAGGGCCGCGAUGGCGAACAAAAGAAGGAUCUUUGGACGUCUAUGCUAGAGUCUGUUGCCAGCGCCAAACGACUACCGGAAAAGAACCUCAUUGUGCUAGGUGGCACUCCCGAGAACCAAAGAGAGUUCCUCGAAUCGCUCUCCAGCUCCGAGCCAAAGCGUAAUGCGGACCGGCUUAAGAUACCGCCGAUUGCGAACAACUUUGCGCUGGGCUAUACAUACUACGACGUUCUCGACACCGACCAAGACGAUACUCUGGCACGAGUUUCGCUCUACUUCCUCUCCCAACCUUCAGCCGAAUUCGCAUCUCUCGUUGCGCCCCUCCUUACCCCUGAAACGAUCCCCAAUACCUCUCUUAUCAUUCUUCUCGACUGGUCACAGCCGCAUCUAUGGCUACGACAAAUAUGGACAUGGGUUCAGGUUAUACAAGAGGUCCUCAAAAAGGUCGACGCAGAACAACAUGCCAUUAUGGAGGAAGUCAUGUCAACUUGGAAAGAAAGAGGUCGAGGAGGCGCAACAACUAACCUAGAUGGAACACCAUCGGCUGCGGCUACCGGCGGUGAUGGAGAUAGUGCACUGCCUCUGGGACGAGGAGAAUGGGAGGAGCCUCUGGGUCUCCCACUUUGUGUGGUGUGCCAGAAUUCCCAAAAAAUGGAGUUUCUUGAAAAGAAUCAGGGUUGGAAAGAGCCGGAUUUUGAUACAGUAUUGCAAUAUCUGCGAACCAUUCUGCUGAGACAUGGCGCCUCUCUCAUUUACACUUCACAAAAUACGCCUUCGCAGCUACCCUCUCUCAUUCACUCAACCCUUGGAAUUACCUCUCUUCUCAAGCGGCACCCACUAAAGCACAACGUUAUCGACCGCGACAAGAUUGUCGUCCCAACCAACUGGGAUUCGUGGGGCAAGAUUCGAGUUCUUGGCGAGUCUUUUGAUCCGGAGCCUGUUUCGAAUACAUGGUCUCAAGAUCUCGGCAUUGAUCUUUACUCUAUGCCCUUUGAUGAUGCAGACAAGAUAAGCGAUAAAGAAGCAGAAAUCAGGAAACUAAACAGUGCGAUUGCGCGGUACGAGGGCUGGUGCCGUGAUCCCAAUAGUGGUGGUCUCGCAGUUGUUGAAAAUGCCAUGCACGGCGAGAGGUGGAUCACGGUGGAGAGUGACGACACCCAGGAGUUUCUUGAGAAGCAGCUCAAGAUUCUCGAGGUAUUCAAGGCCAAGUUGCCAGAGAAGGGCAGCGACAAUGCCAUCGUUCGCAGCACUCGUCACAUCGACUACACUGGCGAUGAGACGAGCAUCAGCGAGCACAUUGGCCCUGUACAGUUCAAUAUGGGUGGUAUCCAAGUCGAUGCUGAUGAUAUGUUGCAGCGUCUCAAGGAUCGUAAUGCAUUUAGCUCUUCCCCAAGUAACGAAGAGGAGGAGGCCGAAACACCUGCUGCGAACAUGGCCAAGGACUUUGACAACGAGCAACUGCAAAGCUUCUUUACUGGAUUGAUGAACCGCAAGGGCACUGGAGAUACAUCUAGAUCUUGA